ACCAAUCCACCAGCCGGUCACGACGAAAUUGCAGCGCAAGGUGCGGAUGAAGCAUUUCAACCUCGGAGUGUUGUUGUCGAGGACACGACAGCUACAUUGACCGAACCUUCUGUAACAGCCGCUGCAGAGAACUCACCUUCUGUUGAAGGAGAACUACGGGCAGCUGCAUCGACAACUGCAGCUGAAGACGACGGCAAUGUCGACAGUGGUGCAACUGAAAUCGCCAAAGCAUCUACUUCCAGUGAAGGUGUUGGUGUUGUCAACGCAGAUACAACGAGCGGGGGCACCACCUCCACCAUUCACACUGGCUGGGGCCAGCAACAGUUCAUGCAGAACCAACAAGCGGAAGCGGCAAUGCUGCAGCAACAAGGAUCAUUCUUUCCUUUCCCCUCGACUCCCGAUAUGGAGAUGAUGCAAAUGGCGAUGCAGAUGCAAGCUCAGGCAGGAGGACAGCAGGUGAUGGACAGCACGAUGGCAGGAGCGCAACCUGCAAGUGGAUCACAAAUACCUUACUUCACCCCCUACAACCCGAGUAUCGCAGGGUCCUUCCCGAUGAACACGGUGCAGCAACUGCAGCAGGAGCAAGCCCAAUCGCAGCAGCAGAGCAUGGAUCCUUUCGCAGCGCAGCAACUCCUCGGGAUGAGCGGGAUGGGUGGCAAUGUCCAUCCUCUACCGUAUAUCAACCCGCAAGGAAUGAUGCAGAUGGUGGGCAUGCCUGUUCCCGUGCCGAUGCCGAUCCAGCAGCAACCGAUGACCUUCAAUAACGGGACCAAUCUUCCCGCCGCAGCGGCUAGUUCUAUGGCAGCUGCUGCGUCGAGCACAACUAUGGGAGCGGGAGUUCUUGCCGCGGCCACUACAUCAAUGCAAGGACAACAAGUAGCGGCAACAGUUCCUGGAGGUCCCGCUAGUACUUCUAUUGCCCCACCCGCACCAGGGACUGUUGCACAGGUUUUUCAGCCAGACCCCCGGUAUCUGAACCAGAUCGGCGGUGCGCCGGUGGAGCAGCAGCAGAACGUCAAUCAGAACGGUUUAGGUGCGCCGCCGCAGGGCCAAGUGCAGCAGCAAAUGCCGGCUGGGGUGGCGCCUUUUCUCUGGAUGCCGCACCCAAGCAUUCCGAACCAAUUCAUUCCCGUGCCCGCGCAACCGCUAAUACCGCAACAAGCGAUGAUACAACAUCCCGGCCAAGGCCAACAACAAGCGACUCCUGCUGGCGCUAUCCCGAUGUUGCCGAUGAUGUUCCCGCCCCAAGUGCCCUUUCCUUUCAACCUCAUGCCACAGCAAAUGCCGGUUGUUUCAGGCAUGCAAGGGCUGGGGCCGGCGCACCAAGGAACUUCUUCUACACAGCAGUCAUCUGGAUCUUCGUCGAAUGUUCAUCCAGGCUAUUUUUACGAGCAAGAGCACCGGCUUGGCUUAGAGCGCAAGAAAAAUCGGAGCGGAAAGAAGGCAGCGCAGGAAAGAGAGCUGCAGGCCGCGGCGGCGAAAAGGCAUCAGCAGGAGCUUUUUGGGCAGAAGUAUUGGUCGAAUAGCAACGGGCAGUUUUUUCCUCUGCCGCAUCAAAUGUCAGCUGUGGCUACUGGUGGUGGUGGUGGCGCAACAACUACGACUGGUCCUUCUUUCUCCGUGGCCGCCACGGCAGAAACUACAAGCGGCAACUCAUCUCCGUCGAAGACAGCAAGGUACAAUGGCGGGCAGCGGAGACAGGGCAUCGUUCCCGGAUCCUCCUCUUCGACUCAGAACAGUCCGAGCAAAACAGGAGGCUCUGGUCCGGUUAUCAGCCUGUCGGAGCAAAUUGGAGCGGAAGACGGAGACGAAGACUCGACCAACGCUGAAGCAGCUGCUGCAGUUGGGGAUCGUCCUGCCACCACCUCUCCUCUCGAGCAGGCUUUGGUGGCUUCAAAAGCCAAAGUGGAUUUUGAAGCGUGGCGGGCGGAUAAGAGGCGGCUAGAACGCGUGGAAAAACUCUGGGCGAGUAUGACGGAGAAGGAGAGAAAAGAACGCGAAAACGACUGGAAACACGAGCGGCCGCCGAAAGUAGAGGCAAACAAGCCGAUGGAAGUAGACAACGAGGAAGUUUUUCCCAGUUUAGCCGCAUCUGUCGGUGGAUCGGCUGAUGCGACUGGGGGAAGAGCUUCAACUUCUACAGCUGCUGCUGCUUCUUCCACCUCAUCCGUUCCCUCGUCUGCAGCUGGCGGUCCAACCCCAACGCCAGGAGGUGCUACGAGUGGAGGUCAAGCCGCGUCUUCCAGCUCUACUGCGGCAACCACAAAUAGUGCAGAAGUGGGUGCCGCGGAACAAAGUAGUGGGUCUUCUGCAACAUCUGAGCCUUCCACAUCAAAGUUGAGCUAUGCGGCGGCUGUGGCGAAAAGUAAAAAUGCGGGAGAAGCAGGAGCGCAGCCAUCCGGCAAGUGGAAGC